AUGGGCAAGGUUCUUCUCGUUCUUUACGAUGGCCAUGAGCACGCUCAGCAAGAGCCUAGACUUCUAGGAACGACCGAGAACGAGCUUGGUAUUAGAAAAUGGAUUGAAGACCAGGGUCACACUCUUGUUACCACCUCCGACAAGGAGGGCGAGAACAGCAAGUUCGACCAGGAGCUCGUCGACGCCGAGGUCAUCAUCACCACCCCCUUCCACCCAGGAUACCUCACUGCGGAGCGUUUGGCCAAGGCCAAGAAGCUCAAGAUCGCCAUCACGGCUGGUAUCGGUUCCGACCACGUUGACCUCAAUGCUGCCAACAAGACCAAUGGCGGUAUCACCGUCGCCGAGGUCACUGGAUCGAACGUCGUUUCUGUUGCUGAGCACGUCGUCAUGACCGCGCUUGUCCUUGUCCGCAACUUCGUCCCAGCCCACGAGCAGAUUGCCCGUGGAGACUGGAACGUCGCUGAAGUCGCCAAGAACGAGUAUGACUUGGAGGGCAAGGUCGUUGGUACCGUGGCUGUUGGCCGUAUCGGCGAGCGAGUUCUCCGAAGACUGAAGCCAUUCGACUGCAAGGAGCUCCUCUACUUCGACUACCAGGCUCUGUCCCCAGAGGUUGAGAAGGAGAUUGGUUGCCGGAGAGUUGACAGCCUCGAGGAGAUGUUGGCACAGUGUGACUUGGUCACUAUCAACUGCCCUCUCCACGAGAAGACCCGUGGCUUGUUCAACAAGGAGCUCAUCAGCAAAAUGAAGAAGGGUUCAUGGCUCGUCAACACUGCCCGUGGUGCCAUCGUCGUCAAAGAGGAUGUCGCCGAGGCUCUCAAAUCCGGUCACCUUCGAGGAUACGGUGGUGAUGUUUGGUUCCCACAGCCCGCACCAGCCGACCACCCACUCCGCACCGCAUCAUACUCGACCUGGGGCGGUGGAAAUGCCAUGGUUCCCCACAUGUCCGGUACCUCAAUCGAUGCACAGGCACGAUACGCCGCGGGUACCAAGGCCAUCUUGGAUUCAUACUUCAGCGGACGUGAGGACUACAGGCCUCAGGAUUUGAUUGUUCACAAGGGUGACUACGCCACCAAGGCUUAUGGUCAGCGUGAUCAAAUUGACAAGAAGUGA